UUGUUAUUUUCAAAAUAGAAGGGCCCAAAUAAUCGGAUCGUGAAACUUUGCGCCAAAAAUGCAUUUUAGGUAAACAAAAAUUGUUCCCAAUCACUUUCCUCCAUACUAACAUUAACAUACCAAGGUGCCGCGAGUUUUUUCCCGGAGAAUUUCCUUUCUUCGCCAAUUUGUUGGAGCAUUUUGGAAUUUUGAUGCGAAAUGGGAACUCGAUCAAAUUUCUACAAGAACCCGUCGAUCACAUACAAUAAACACUUCAGUCUCUCUUCCGUUCUUCAGAACCUCCAAGCUUAUAACAUCGUCACCGGCAACGUUACUUCCGACGACCAAUCGCAUCCCGCUCCCACCGCCUCCCUCAAACGUCGCCGCCAUUCCCAGCCACAGAAGUCCCGUCACAAUCACCUUAAGGAUGACGUUGAAGAUGUCCCUUCCUCUAUGUCCCACCGCGAUUACAUUCAAAAGAGAAGGAAAGAAGUUGAUUCGUCUAAGAAUAGUGAGCGAGUUGAAUUGACUGAAGAUGUAUUGGGAAACCCUAAUUCUGCUAUCUCCUUGGUGGACUAUGCAAGUGAUGAAAGUGCUUCUUCAGAGUGCGAAGAAACUCAUACUCUUCCAAACUCUGGUCACAAAAUAGAAUUUAAUGGAAUCAAAAGUAGAAAUGAGCAGCGAUUUCCUGUAUCUGGAGAGCCUGUUUGUCUUAUAUGUGGAAGAUAUGGCGAAUAUAUAUGCAAUGAGACAGAUGAUGAUGUCUGUAGCAUGGAGUGCAAAAAUGAACUUUUGGAAAUUCUUAAACUCAAUGAGGGAUCCUCCCAUGACCAAGCUAAAAAUUUCUCCUCAUCUGGCAUUAGUGAUUCCUUACCGCUGUUACCGGUUCCUGUCUUUAGUGAUGAUACCUGGGAUUAUAAUCGACAUCGCUGGUCAAAAAAGAGAUCUAGUCUUUCUACUUAUGAAUGUUGGAAAUGUCAAAGACCUGGGCACCUAGCUGAAGAUUGUCUAGUAAAGGGUUGCAGUGAGACCACAGUGGGAGGAAGUAAUAGAUCUAGUUCCAUUCCAAAGGAUCUUCUUGGACUUUAUAGAAGAUGCAAGGAGUUUGGUAAAGACUUGUUGGCUUCAAACUGUAACGCAUGCCGCAGCUCAUCGAAUUUGGCAACAUGCAUCGAUUGUAGUGUUGUUCUUUGUGAUGGGGCAGGUCACUUGGAUGAUCAUAUAAGAACACACCCUUCCCAUCAAAAAUAUUACUCACACAAGCUAAAACGUCUGGUUAAAUGCUGCAAGUCAACUUGCAAGGUCACUGACAUCAAGGAUCUCUUGGUUUGUCACUAUUGCUUUGAUAAAGCCUUUGAAAAGUUCUAUGACAUGUAUACUGCAACAUGGAAAGGAGCCGGGUUUUCAAUUAUAUUGGGUUCUAUAUGCUGUGAAGAUCACUUCACGUGGCACAGGAUGAAUUGUUUGAAUGCAGAUGCAGAGGGAAGUGCAUAUAUUGUAAAAAGCAAUGGCCACAAAGGCAAACGUACGCAACUUAGUGAUUUCAUUUUUUGAUGGUUGAACCACUUUGGUCCUGAGUUUUGAUCGACAUUUUAAAAUUGCUCUUCAAACGGAAUCAAUGGAUAAUGGGGUGAAUACCUUGCUCAGUUCCCCGUUUUUUGAGACUUGACUGGUGGAAAUUUUAGACGAGGCAUGGUGAAAUUAUAGAUAUUGUUGAGAGAGGUCGAGCUUCUUCUCCAUUGUACUCAAACAUGUAGAUCUUGUUGAGGUUGGUUAAAAUUAUUCAAAGCCUAGAACUAGGAGCUAAAUUAUCACAUUUGAAGUUUCACUUGGGUUUUUGGCAUACUUUGGAUGUGUUCUUUUUAUCAUUGUGAUUUGUUACCAUGCUUUUGUCAUGAAUGUGUAUAUAUUUUACAUCAAUGAACAUUUAGUCUCUUAUUUGUGAGGAAAAAA